UGACAAGUCAGAUCCAUAAUAAUAGAUUUCGCUCGGUCCGAGAUGCGACUUUGAUGCCGUCCCCAUCAAAAAUUCGAUGUUUAUCAACCGCAAGAAUAAAACGGCCACCUCAAUGUCCGACAAUUGAGGUCAAAAUCAACGUCAAUAGUGCUCGUGUAGUACAUAUUCGUAUUUUGAAUCGGAUACAAACGGCAGCGGGAAUCGAAUAAACAAACUUCUCAUGCUCCUGCAAUGAGUAGACCAGCAAGUCGCCUAUUGGCGGCUACUCGUGCCCAUAUCUCCUACAACCAACCUACCCGCCAGUGCAUCCGACCCUUCUCCCAAACAUGUAUCCGACAAGCAGAGCCUGAACGCCCGCAAGGGUCUCUCCUCGGUACCAUUACACGAACAUCAAAGCCGCCUCAAUCGGCAGGACCACCGCGAUCCGGGUCCCAAUCUGGGUCCCAAUCCGGAGAGGGUAUGGCGGCAUUACAACGAAUCCUAGCACAAGAUAGUCUCGCAAAGGCACGGAACCAACCCACACACGAUCAGGUUCUAGGAGAAGAGAACAAGGCCGAGGAGGAUUGGGGUCCAGCAUUUGAGCCCUUCCACUUCCACGUAUUUGCGCACAGGCACAACACACACAUCACCGUAACCAAACCAAACCGCGGCGCCAUCAUUUCCAUGUCGGCCGGUAAUCUCGGCUUCAGUAACUCCAAGCGCGGUACUUAUGAUGCGGCCUAUCAAUUAACGGCUUACGUCAUAGACAAGCUGCACCAGGGUAACUGGCACAAGAAGAUGACGACUUUAGAGGUGGUGUUGCGGGGUUUCGGAUCUGGGCGCGAGGCCGCAACUAAGAUUUUGUUGGGUACGGAAGGUCGUAUGUUGAGGCAUAAGAUCACCAAGGUAUCAGACGGUACGAGACUUAAGUUUGGUGGUACGAGGAGUCGCAAGCCUAGAAGAUUGGGUUAAAAGAAUGAAUUCGGAACGAAAAAAAGAACUAAUGGUCAAAAUAAAGAGCCAGUGUAUAUCAAAUAUCAUUGCCAUGUACAAUGUACAAUAUCACGCAGU